AUGGAGGACACACAGGAAUAUUCGGAUGACUCAUCCUCUAUUCAUACACACCUAAACACAAACACCUCACCUGCAUCCCGUUUCUUGAACCUUGGUGACCUUAACAACCCAUUUCGCUUAGACAAUGGCGACAACCCUGCUGUUAUCCUCAUCACAGAUCUGUUUACCACCGACAACUAUGCAAACUGGUCCCGUGCUAUGCGACGGGCACUACGUGCGAAGAACAAACUCGGCUUCAUUUUCGGCGCCAUUCUGCAACCUACUGAACCAGAGGACCCUUUGGUCGAGCUCUGGGAAUGCUGCAACGACAUGGUAGUAUCGUGGCUACAGAACUCCAUCAGCUCUUCAAUCAAAUCCAAUGUCGUGUUCGUUGAUGAUGCUAGGGAAAUUUGGCUCGACCUUCAGAAUCGAUUUUCUCGGCAAAAUGGGCCCCGAAUUUUCAAGCUUAAGAAAAAUCUCUCUAGCAUUCAUCAAGAUCAUGACUCAGUAAGUAUUUACUAUGGUAAGCUGAAAACCCUUUGGGAUGAACUCUCCAUUUACGAUCCAAUUCCUGCUUGUACUUGUGGUUCUACAAAAACUCUCUUGGAUCGCUAUCAAAGAGAUUUUGUGUUUCAAUUUCUUAUGGGUUUACAUGAAUCGCUAAUGUGCAUGACCAGCUUAUGCUUUUAG